AUGAAUAAGUCUAUGGAAUUUGACAAGGAUGAGUUCCCGGAGGGAGGAUUUGGAUGGUUUGUCGUCUUGGCAUCUUGGUGUGGAAUGGCACGCACAUUCGGUAUGGUUAAGAGUUUUGGUGUGUAUCAGUCUUGCUACCAAACUGAGUUGUAUUCUGGAGAAAAAACAUUCAAAAUCAUUAUCAUAGGUUCUUUACAACCUGCAUCACAGAGAUUACACAGAUCGUUAUUCGAUCCAGCUCAUUAUGUCACUUUCUUGAAUGUUGCCAGUUUGUUUGGUAGAAUCUUGCGCGGCUUUUUAGCUGAUGUGUUUGGUCGACUCAACGUUCUUAUACCCUUCAUGUUAUUAUCGGGUAUUCUUCCUUCAACUCUCUGGCUCAACUCGUCUAGCUCUGACAUCAUUUUUUUGAUCUUUGAUGUAACAUGGGGCUUUUCUUCGGAAGUUGUUAUUUCUUUAUUUCCAACUGUCGUCCCACAAUUAUUUGGUGUUGAAAAAAAUCAAAACCGAAUGGGACUACUUUUCACAUUCGCUGAAAUCGGAGCUCUCUUUGGGCAAAUUAUAUGUGGCGCAUACCUACCUUUAGCAGGUUGUGUGGAGCAAUAUAUCACUAAUUUCAAAGAAAAUCGCAAUAUUUACUGGCGUACUAUUCUUGGUGGGUGGUGGAUCAUUAUGCUCACUCAGACUUUUGACCUCAACGAGUUUCCUUCAAAUCUUGUAGUCCUACUACUUUUCACAAAAACUGAACACCAAUCUAUGAUAGUAUCCGCUGCAGUUUAA